AUGACAACAUCACCACCUCCACGGCUCUUCCCGCCAACCCACCCAUCAGAGCUUCUGUUAUCAGUCAUCUCGCAAUGUGUAUAUCCGACUACAUUGGUGAUCUGCAGCUCCCGGAGUGAUUUCAUGGCCGCACUCAUCGACGACCUCAUGGUGAGCGGGCAUGGCCAAACAUCAGAGCCCCCUGAGACGGCGCCGCACACGGAGGAGCGUCAUGGCAAGCACGGAGAUGGCUUCAAGGGGAAAGGGAAAGGAACAGGGCCUCUGGAGGAGAACCCAAAGGCAUCCAUUGCCGAGGACGAUCAACGAAAGGCCCAGCUCCUCGCAGCGCCACUGUUCCAAGUUGCCAUCUCACGGCACAUCCGCGUGGUAUUUGUGCCUACCGUCUCGCAUCUGCGAGCUUUCCUGGCAGUGUUCUCGCCCCUGGAUCCGGCAUCCAAAGUCCGCCCACCACCAGCGCCGACGCGAACGGACCUGGAGAUGCCUGCCGUGUGUGAGCCACCGCGACUGCUCGUCUAUGACUUUUUGGCUCUACAUCGCGACACCAGCGAGUGGAGUGCUCAGGGAAUCGGCUUCACGGCUGCGGGUUUGGUUGAGGCAGCAUAUAGGAACAAGCUCGCUGCUGUCAUCGUGGAAGCACAAACUUCUGUAGCAUCUAACGCUAAAGUCGACAGCUUUGAACGCCUUGCGACGGAGGACAUUCCCGUCUUGAGCGUGGCCGCGCGGCGGCUUGGCCAAGAUGGUGAGGUUGGACAUUGGACAGGAAGAACAGUGUCGGCCGAGAGGGUACUCGGUAGAUGGUUUCAUUUUCAACGGCAAGAUUCGCUUCAAUCAGACAUACCUGUUGGAAAAUAA